AUGGCACCAUCUGCGGAAGACACGAGUCCUGUUCACCAUGAGGAUCAAUUACAUCCAGUUGAUCUCGAACGAGAUGGGAAGAUCGCAGUGGAACAGCGCGACACACAAGUCGUGGCAAGCAAUCCGGAGCUGGAGAAGAGAGUGCUACGCAAAAUCGAUAUGCACGUACCUCCACUUGUCACGUUCCUAUUUCUCCUUUCAUUUCUUGAUCGCUCGAAUAUUGGCAAUGCUCGUAUUGCAGGCAUGGCGAAAGACCUCGAUCUUGAUGGCGACAAGUAUGACUGGCUUCUGACUAUAUUCUAUAUAUCAUAUAUCAUAUUUCAGGUCCAAGCAUUCAUGUGGAAGAUUAUCAAGCCUCAUAAAUGGGCGUGCAUUAUCACUUUGGCAUGGGGUAUUGUGGCUACUUGCCAGUCUGCUGUUCAGUCAUGGGGGGGUGCCAUGGCUCUAAGAUUCCUCCUUGGUGCAGCAGAAGCAGGCUUCGGCCCGAGUGUCCCAUAUCUCCUGUCAUUCUUCUAUCUCAGAAAUGAGCUUGGGUUUCGCAGUGGCAUAUUCCUUGCGGCCGCCCCUUUGGCAAACACUUUUGCUGGAGCUCUUGCAUAUGCAGUCACCAGCGGUCAUUCCAAGCUCGCAAACUGGAGACUUCUUUUUCUUGUCGAGGGUAUACCGACUAUCCUCGCCGCGCCAUUGGCCUGGUACUUUCUACCAGAUAGUCCAACCAAAGCUCGAUUCUUGACGGAAGAAGAGAAAGAAGUCGCUCGGGCUCGAGUCAUUAGGCAACAUGGUCAUGUUGAUGAAAACAGCAGAAUCAAUUUCAGAGAGAUACUUCAAACUUUGUGCGACUUGAAAGCCUGGCUGACAGCUCUCAUGUACUUUUCUUGCAAUGUCUCAUACUCUUCAUUGCCAGUCUUCCUACCGACCAUUCUUAACGAAAUGGGGUUUUCAUCAGUCAAGGCCCAGGGACUAUCUGCACCGCCUUAUCUCGUUUCUACCGUGGUGACGGUAUCGAGUUCGGUUGCUCCGAGAUAUUUCGGAACAUUCUUGGCCGCUUGUGUUUUUCCCGUGAUUGCCAAUAUUCUACCUUGGGUUGUCAACAAUCAAGGAUCGGACUCUCGACGUGGAAUGGGUAUCGUCCUGCUCAACGUCGUUGGCCAGUGUGGGCCACUACUUGGCACAAGAGUGUUCCCUACGAGUGACAAGCCACGCUACGUUUCAGGUCAAAGUAUCUGUGCAGGGUUCAUGUUCUUCAAUGCCAUUCUUGCUUUGAGUCUCCGAACUCUGCUUGUUUGGGAGAACAAAAAGCUCGACGAGAAGUAUGGAAAGAAGGGCCAGCAAUCCACAACACACACUGGAACUGAAAAAGGUGUCAUUGAAGCGCCUGUGGGUGAAGAGAAUUACGGAAGUACUUUCAGGUACAUUCUGUAG